AUGGCCGCCACCGAGAUCACCGUGGCUGAGCCCAAAGUGAAAGAGGAAGCCACCCACGCCGGCGUCGGCGCCAGCUCCCGGUGGCUGCGCGCGGCGGUGCUGGGCGCCAGCGACGGCCUCGUCUCCACCGCCGCGCUCAUGCUCGGCAUCGGCGCCGCGCGCCCCGCCGAUGCGCACGCCGUCCUCCUGUCCGGGCUGGCCGGCCUCGUCGCCGGCGCCUGCAGCAUGGCCAUCGGCGAGUACGUCUCCGUCCACGCGCAGCGCGACGUCGAGCUGGCCGAGCUCAAGAAGCGUCGCCUCGGCGGCCCGGCUGGCACGCAGCUGCACGCGGCGGUGUCGCGCCCCGGCCAGGCCUCGGCGCUGUCCUUCGCCGGCGGCGCCGCCGUGCCGCUGCUCGCGGCGUGGUUCGUCGGCAGCUACAGGGUCCGUGUGGUGGUCGUCGUCGCCACCGCGAGCCUCGCGCUGGCGGCGUUCAGCGCGCUGCUCGCCGGCGCUCCCGCUGGCCGCGCCGGCCUUAGGGCCGUGGUUGGAGGGCUCGUUGCCAUGGCGGCCACCUAUGGCGUCAUGAAGCACUUCAAGACAAAUGGAUGAUUAGCUACACUGAUUCCCCCAAAGAAGAAAAUUUGAUGCAAAUUAUCCAACUGCAAACUGUUCUUAUCUGCUUCAGAUAAGAACUUGUUACCAAGUCUGUCCAUGAAUCCGCGAGCUCCGUGCAAAUUCAUGCCUUUCAGACCAUAAUCUCAUUUCUUGCAAAGAGGGGAAAAAAGGAUCAUACCAUAUCAGAAUGGAAGCAUUGAAAUUGAACUAAAUCAACAUGGUUGAACUGGAACCAUUUGAUUGCAUCUCACGGCCUGCAUGCAUUGCAGAUGAUCAAUUCAACUUUACAAAACCCC